ACCGCGGCGGAGCGGAGCGGCGGGAGCGGCGGGGCCAUGCAGCCCCCGGCGGCCUCUCCCGGCCCCGCCGCCCCGGCGGGAGCCGAGCUGCUGCGGUGGCAGUGGCGGGAGGUGCAGGCGCCCUGCCUGGUGGCCGCCUGGAUCCUGGUAGCCAGCCUGGCCAAGAUCGUUUUCCAYCUGUCAAGGAAGGUGACAUCCAUCGUCCCGGAGAGCUGCCUCCUCAUCCUGCUGGGGCUAGGACUCGGGGGCAUCGUGUUGGCUGUGGCGAAGAAAGCCGAGUACCAGCUGGAGCCCAACAUGUUCUUCCUCUUUCUUCUGCCUCCCAUUGUCCUGGACUCGGGGUACUUCAUGCCCAGCCGGCUGUUUUUCGACAACAUYGGUGCCAUCCUCACCUACGCCGUGGUGGGCACRCUCUGGAACUCCUUCGCCACYGGCACCGCGCUCUGGGGGCUGCACCGGGCCGGGCUCAUGGAUCCAGGUGUUGAAGCUGGGCUGAUGGAUUUCCUGCUCUUUGGCAGCCUGAUUUCAGCUGUGGACCCUGUGGCAGUCCUGGCUGUCUUCGAAGAGGUCCACGUAAAUGAGACCCUCUUCAUCAUUGUGUUUGGCGAGUCUCUGCUGAAUGAUGCUGUCACYGUGGUGCUGUACAAGGUCUUCAACUCUUUUGUGGAGCUGGGCCCAGCGCACAUCCAUGCCACAGACUACGUGAAGGGGGUAGCCUCCUUCUUCCUGGUGAGCCUGGGGGGCACGGCCGUGGGGCUGCUCUUCGCCUUCCUGCUGGCCCUGAUCACGCGGUUCACCAAGCGCGUGCGCAUCAUUGAGCCGCUCUUCAUCUUCCUCCUGGCCUACGUCGCGUACCUCGCUGCCGAGAUGGUCUCACUCUCUGCCAUCCUGGCAGUCACGUUUUGUGGGAUYUGCUGCAAGAAGUACGUGGAAGCCAACAUCUCCCAGAAAUCCCGCACCACRGUCAAGUACACCAUGAAGACACUGGCCAGCAGCUCAGAGACCAUCAUCUUCAUGUUUCUGGGCAUCUCRGCUGUGGACACCUCCAAGUGGACAUGGGACACGGCACUGGUGCUGGGCACCCUGUUCUUUAUCCUGCUCUUCAGAGCCGUGGGUGUUGUCCUCCAGACCUACGUGCUCAACCGCUUCCGCCUCAUUCCCCUGGAUAGGAUCGACCAGGUGGUCAUGUCAUAUGGUGGCCUCCGUGGAGCUGUGGCCUUCGCCCUCGUCAUUCUGCUGGACAGGGAAAAGGUGAAAGCCAAGGACUACUUUGUGGCAACAACCAUCGUGGUGGUGUUCUUCACUGUYAUUGUGCAGGGCCUCACCAUCAAACCCCUGGUGACGUGGCUGAAGGUGAAGCGCAGUGACCACCACAAGCCCACGCUGAACGAGGAGCUGCAUGAGCAUGCCUUYGACCACAUCCUGGCAGCAGUGGAGGACAUCGUGGGGCAUCAUGGCUACCACUACUGGCGCGACAAGUGGGAGCAGUUUGACAAGAAAUACCUGAGCCAGCUCCUGAUGCGGAAAUCUGCCUACAGGCUGCGGGAUGAGAUCUGGGAUGUUUACUACAAGCUGAACAUCCGUGAUGCUAUCAGCUUUGUGGAUCAGGGUGGCCACGUGCACUCRGCUGCCAAGCUGGCCCUGCCCUCCAUGCCCAGCCGCACGUCCAUGUCAGAGUCAUCAGUCACAAACCUCCUGAGGGAGAGCGGGAGCGGUGCGUGCCUGGACCUGCAGGUGAUCGACACGGUGCGGAGCCGCAGGGACAAGGAGGACGCUGCCAUGCACCACGUUCUGCGAGGGAGCCUCUACAAGCCCCGCCGGCGGUACAAGGCCAGCUACAGCCGUCACUUCAUCUCUCCAGAUAAACAAGAGCGCCAAGAUAAAGAAAUCUUCCGGCAGAACAUGAAGAGGCGUCUGGAGACCUUCAAGUCCACAAAGCACAAUGUCUGCUCCUCCAAGAGCAAGGCCAGGCUGAAGGAGAAAGGCAGGAAAAAGAAGAACAUCUCUCUGACCAAAGAGGCAUCCAACGGGAAGACGCACAAAAAUGUCCCCUGGCAGGAUGCAGCUCCUGUCCUGGUGAUGGUCAGCUCAGAGGAGGAGGAGAGUGAUAGCUCAGAGACRGAGAAAGAGGAUGAUGAGGGGAUUGUGUUCGUCGCUCGAGCCACUGAUGAGGUCCUGCAGGGAAAGACAGCUCCUGGCAGCCUGGAUGUCUGCCCCAGCCCCUGYAUCAUCCCUCCAUCGCCAACCUUGGCAGAGAAGGAACUGCCAUGGAAAGGAGACCAGGCUGAUCUGGCUGUUUAUGUCUCCUCGGAGACCACCAAGAUCGUGCCAGUGGAUAUGCAGAAGGCGUGGAACCAAAGCAUCUCCUCCCUGGAGAGCAUCGCUUCCCCCCCRGGCACUGAGAGUGGACCUCAGCACAGGAGAUUUGCCUGCCCUGUGCUGGAGGAGCAGCCCCAGUCUGCGAGCCAGGUGAUGCCAGAGCAAAGCUCCUGCUUCCAGUUCCCCAGCCAUGUCUCCAAGAGCRGCCRGUCACAGAGUGACAGCAGCCCGGAYGGUCCUGAGCAACAGGAGCUGCAGCCUUUGAUGGCCACGGAGGAGCAGGGCAGGAUGGCACCCAGUGUGGAGCCCAGGUGGCUGAUGUUCAACAGAGCGAGCCACCUCUGAGGCACCCUGUGGGUUGGGAAGGGGCUGGGGGCUGCAGAGAGGCUGUGACCUGCUGUCUCACAUUGUAAAGCUUGUGUGUGUCUCCAGAAACUCCAGGAGCAGCAGGAGAACCCAGUACUCCUGGACCUGCACUCCGGGGUGGGCUUGGUCAAUAAUUGGGCUUUGUGCAGCAACAACAGGUACCAGCCCCUGUMCCCCCAGGGAGGCACAGAUAACAAACUUCAUCCUUCCUCUCUGGUCCCUACACAUCUCCACAGCUGGGUGGUUAGAGACCCCAAACGGACUUGAUCCUGUCAUGGCUGUGCUGCCCUGAGGUGGGGGCUGCGAGCAAAUGGGCUGUGGCUGCUCACAGGUAUAGGAGUAUGAGCUGAUCUCCAGCYUGGCUGUGAGUAGGAGACCUCUGGGAAAAGGGCCAGUAGCCACUCCCAGUGCACAAGAGCCCGCCCCAUGCAGUGACUGAGCCAUUGACUUCAAGGUGGCCACAGCGCUGGUUCCUCACAGCAUGCAUGGAGCUCGGCCAGGAGCUCCUGAUGGGCUCCUUGCCAUGACAGCUCUGCGUUCCCUGGGUUAUGGAGGCACCACGUAGACAAGGCCGUGACUUUCUCAGGACUGGGAGCAGUGCUCCUGAGGUUUGGCUCCGCCAAGAGCUGGACCAGUGAACCUGUACGCACAGGAACUCCUCUAACAGCCAGCCUGCUGYGCCAGCCUCACUCCUGUCGCCUGGAUGUGAUCCCAACAGCUGCAGUGUUCAGCUUUCUGGCUUUAAUAGGAGGCAGCUGCCCUCACAGCAUCCUUGGUGUUCAUUCUGCCCACAGCCCAGUCCCUCCAGUUGCCUGGGGCCCAUCAGCUUGGUGGACUGGUCAUGGUGCAAGCAGUGGAGCGAGCAGCAGGUAUGAAUGUAUCAGGAACAGGGGUGAUGGGUGUGAGCAGAGUGCACCUUCAAAGGUCUGUCCCCRGCACCUGCCUUCCAGCCACCUGGUGGCCCACACAAUGAAUUAUUUCUGGUGUGAUUCCAAGGGCCAAGAAUUGCUCCCCAAAAACUGCUCAGCACACAAAAAAGCACAAUGGCUGGGCACCAUCAAAGCAGGAGAGUUGGGGGUGCUCGUCUUUGGGAAAAUGGGGACUUGGACUGUUAAUGCCCCAAAGCAGAUAAAAGCCUGCCUGUUGCAGGUCUGUGGGUGUGCUGAGACCRCAGGUGCCAAGGGGACACUUGGAUGCACUGGGUGGGCAAGCCCAGUGUGGAGCAGGUGAGCUGGUGGRACACCCAGCAUUGUCAGCAGGGCUUUGUAGAGGCCCUUCAGCUCUGUACCUGUUCCACCAGAUGAGCAUGAGGUUUUUAAAAGGUUUUUAUAUAGUUUUGCAUUUCUGGUAUGGAAUAUUCUAGUUUUGAUUUCUGAUAUUGGGCCAUAUUAAAUCUUUAGCUGGGUCAGUGUUUUCUGUAGCCAUGGGCACUACAAAUGACUCAAGACUUAAUAUAUUAUUUGCAAGGAUAUUGUUAUAAUGUGAAAAUAUAUGCAGAGUAUUUUGUAAUGUUCAAUAAACUGGAGUUGGA